AUGAUGAUUCAUACCACAGGCCGCCGAUUUGGUCAUGCGUCACCUAUCGGGGAGACUAUCCACACCUUGCACGAUGUCGUGCAAGCGGGGUACCUAGAUUACGUCGCUGUGGGCCGUGCAACGUGCAAUGGGCACUUAGUGAAAUUUCCUUCGCAGACUCCCGGGGUGCUCGGUCUCAUUGUUUUAUCAGACUCUGCAUCAAGGACAAGUUGA